AGAAGUAGAAAGUGGUCAACAAAGGGCUACUUCAGGUCUGUCAAAGGCUACUCAUUCUCUGUUUUGCUGAGAAGGAAAAAAAAAAAAAGGCUACUCAUUCUCAAGUGAAAAACAGAGGGGAGAAAAACCAUUUUGAUAUUAUUUCUCAUUUGCAAUCCUCCCUAUUUGUUAUUCUUUAUCACCUUCAAUUGUAAACUCCCCUUGUAAGCUCUCGAAGUAUACAAUUCUUCUGAAGAAAAUAUUCAAGUUCCUACAUCUAUCUUCAAGUUGAAUAUCAGAUGGUGUAAAUCUUGGGUAUCAAUUUCGAGUAGUGGACUUAGGACUGGAGGUUUUAGUUUAUUUGGAAAACAGCAAGAUAAUCUGGACAAUACGAUGAAGAACAAUUAAUGCAAUUGAAGAAAAUGGUCUCCUAGCUAGGACCGGUGGGCAACAAGUCAAAGCAUUCACUCUCUUUCUCACUGAUGUGAUAGAAUUGGAAGAAGGGGAUCCUAAAAACUUGGUCACUAUGCUAGAAGCAGGAGUUUGAACUGUGAAGUUAAAAAUGGAUCAGGCUGUAGUGAAACUCUUGACUGACAAUAUCAUUUCAAUUCUUUCAACUGAAGCAUCGUUGUUAUGGGGGACUCGUGAUGCAAUUGAAGAUAUCAAAGAUGAGUUGUUAAGCAUGCAAUCGUUCUUAGUAGAUGCUGAUAGGAAGGGAGUAGGGAGUGAAGGAGAGAAAACUUGGGUGGCAAAUGUGAGAGACAUGGUGUAUGAUGUUGAAGACAUUAUUGAUAAGUUCAUGUAUCACAUGAAUCUCCAACGAAUUGGGGGUCGAUCUUCUUGGAUCCUUAACCACACCAUUUACUUUCCAAAAAAUCUCUGGGUGAGGCGUCAAACAGCCACCAAGAUACAAAAAAUUAAUGGGAAAAUCAAGGGCGUACCAGAGAGGAAGCAAAGAUAUCGUACAGAGGGAACUAGUUCUAAAGAUAAUCAGAAACGAGUGGUGCAGCAUGCUGAAUUAUCUCUUCUUUUUAAGGAAGACGAACUUGUAGGGAUUGAAGAGAAAAGGCAAUUGUUAAUGGGUUGGUUGAUGGAUGGGGAACAACACCAAACUGUCAUUUCGAUAGUUGGGAUGGGAGGUUCAGGCAAGACCACACUAGCUGCCAACACCUACAACAAUGAUGAUGUAAAGAAACAUUUCAACUACUGUUGUGCAUGGAUCACAAUUUCCCAAGCAUAUGACAUAGAAGACUUAUUGAGGAGCAUGAUUAAUCGAUUUUACAGGUCAAUGAAGGAAGUGGAUCCUACAAACUUGAGUUCCAUGAAUCACAUAGAGCUAGUGAAAAUGCUGGUGGGCUAUUUAAAGGAUAAAAUGUAUCUACUUGUCUUGGAUGACGUGUGGGACACAAAUCUCUUGGAUGAAAUAAAUGUAUUACUUCAACAUAGUAGUCUUGGGAGCAGAAUCAUCAUUACAACUCAAAAAGAAGAUGUAGCUUGCUAUCAUUUAGGAGGUAAACAUUAUAUUCAUCAUAUUCAAUUGCUGCAAAAUGAAGAAGCCUGGGAACUCUUUUGCAAGAAAGCAUUUGCAAGUAGUCCUAAUGGAAGUUGUCCACCGGAGCUUCAAUCUUUUGCUCAGGAACUUGUGGGAAAAUGUAAAGGCCUACCUCUUGCAAUUGCAGCUUUGGGCCGUCUUAUGUAUUCCAAGAAUAUGUCUCAGUGGAACGAAAUUCACAACAACUUGAACUGGAGUCUGAGUAAAAAUCCUAAGCUAAAAGCAGUGGAGAGCAUUUUGAUGUUUAGUUUCAACGAUUUACCAUAUCAGUUGAAGCAUUGUUUCUUAUAUUGCUCUCUUUUCCCAGAAGAUCAUGAGAUUCGAAGAAAAAGGCUCAUUAAGCUAUGGAUGGCAGAAGGAUUUGUAGAACAAGAUAAAAGCUACUUGCCAGAGGAAGUAGCAGAGAGCUAUCUAUUAGAACUCAUUUUACGAAGCAUGCUUCAAGUUGUAGAGAGGAAUGAAUUUGGAAGGCCAAGGAGAUUCAAAAUGCAUGAUCUUCUGCGGGAGCUUGCUUUAUCAAUAUCAGAGAGAGAGAAGUUUGGUGUUGUACAUGAUGGAAGAGAAGAAAUGGGAGAAUGCAAAGCACGCCGCAUUUCAAUUCACAAAACCAAUAAAGAACUCAAAUCAUGUUCAAUUAUGUCAAAGCUUCGUUGUUUUCUUGUUUUUGACAAGACACUGAAAUCAUUGCCUUCAGGAAGUAAAUUGUUAAGGGUUCUAGAUUUGGAGGAUGCCCCCAUUGAUGAAUUGCCUGAUGAAGUAUUCAAAUUAUUCAACUUAAGAUAUUUGAAUUUAAGGAGAACUUUACUUAAGAAGCUCCCAAAUUCCAUAGGGAGGCUCCUUAAUCUUCAAACCUUAGACAUCUUUGGCACACAAAUAGAGACCCUUCCUCAUGGAAUAGGAAAGUUGCAAAACUUGCGAUACCUAUUUAUGUUUCGAUUCACUGGAAAUUGGAAUGACUUCAAUUAUUAUAUAGCAACGCAGACACCAUCAAAUAUUGUACGUUUAAAGAAUUUGCAAGCUGUGUGUUCUAUUGAAGCAAACGAUGACUUGGUAUUACAAAUUCGGAGCAUGACUCAACUGACCACAAUUGGUAUUUCAAAUGUGAAAGCAGCAGAUGAGACGGACUUAUGCACCUCAAUUCAAAACAUGAGACUUCUUAGGAUCUUGUCUAUCAAGGUAACUGAUGAGGAGGAAACUCUCCGAAUGGAUGCACUCUCGUCUCCUCCUCCCAACCUUCAAAAGCUUCUUUUGACUGGAAAACUGGAGAAGGUGCCACAGUGGUUUCGUUCACUUCAAAGCCUCACAUAUUUGUAUUUGCAUUGGUCGAGACUGGAAGAAGAUCUACUCCCUCACAUCGCUGCUUUGCCCCAUCUGGGACGUCUUAAACUUACUAAUGCCUAUGUUGGAAAACAGCUACGUUUCGUUACAGGCUUUCUUAAGCUUACAGUGUUGUGGAUUUGUAAUUUCCCUCAAUUGGACGAGAUAAUAAUAGAAAAGGAGGUGAUGCCAAAUCUGAAAUCCCUAUGGAUUGACAGCUGCAUGGAGUUAAAGACUGUGCCCAUGGGCAUUGAAUACCUUCAAAAUCUCCAACAACUGGAUUUGACAUCUGCCUCAAGGGAACUUAAAAAUCGCAUUCGCAACGAGGAUAUUCUAAAGGUGCAGCACAUCCCAAAGAGGUACAUCUGGAAGUAAUUCAGAAUGUUUCACAAAGUGUUGCGGUGCAUCCAAAGAUCUAUAUCUGGUAGUAAUUUGAGAAUGUUUCAUGAAGAAUGAUGCUGAAGAUUAUGAGUUUGCCUUAUUUGCUUCGAAAGGAUUCUAUUUUGUUUGGAGCUCUAAUUCUAAGUAUUGUUUGUGUAUUCUUGUUGUUGUUCAGUAAAUUAAUUCUCAAGACUUUGUUUCCUAUUUUUCUGUAAUAAAUGUAAAAGUUUGAACUUCAAGAUGCCUUUGUGGCAGUUUGUUGGAAAAUUGUCACUAGUUCAACCGUGGAUUGUAAUUUGUAGGUAAUUUAGCUUGUGUAAACCAUUAACAUCCUUGUGAAUGUUUUUCUAUUGUUUCUGAGUUUUAUA